AUGUUCAAGAUCAUCACCUCUGCACUUUUCAUUAUUUUUAUUUCAUCCAUCCUCUUUGUUUCCAAUUCUGCUGUUGAUGCUGGUAUUAUUGGAAUUAAUCAAACAAACAAAACAUUGGUCAUUGACUUUACUCCAAACAAUAUGGUUUGGACCGCCCAACAACUUAAACUCAAAGGAUUGGCUACCAAUAUGAUGCCAUAUUGCACUCAAGAUGGUGUUUCUCCAAUGAUUUGUUCUCUUCCAGCUGUUCCAUCAUGUGACACUAUUCGUAUUGCUGGUAUGAGUGGUAUUGGUAUUGGUACAGUAUCUAUGAACUACCCAUUCAAUUGUACUAUUACUGAUUAA